AUGCUGGCCCACCUGCUGCCCGGGCUGGCGCUGUGCCUCCUGCUGGCGCCUCUGGCAGGGGCCAAGCCGGUGCAGGAGGAGGGAGACCCCUAUGCCGAGCUGCCGGCUAUGCCCUACUGGCCUUUCUCCGCGUCUGACUUCUGGAACUACGUGCAGCACUUCCAGGCCCUGGGGGCCUACCCCCAGCUGGAGGACAUGGCCCGCACCUUCUUCGCCCACUUCCCCCUGGGGACCACCCUGGGCUUCCACGUCCCCUACAGGGAGGAGUGA